UGCUGUAGUCACUGGAGCAUGGCAGAGGGUGGGGAGAAGAGAAGUCUCAGCCUCUAGUCUCUUUUUUGCCUAAGAAAAUAAGAAACUGUCAUGCAAAUACAACACACAAUGACUUUUGUCAUAUUUCAUCAUCCUCUUUUAUCAUCCAUUCACUGAGACUUUUACCCCACUUUAAUCCUACCCUGAAGACAGCUGUUCUCAGAAAAAGAGUCCCCAUGGAUUAUUUGCGCAAAUACCUCUGGUUAUGGGUGAUAAUCGUGGUUAUUUUUGCAUGUGGGAUGAUCAGCAUCAUUUUCAUCUUCAUCAACAGAUGCAUCUCAAGGCGAGGAAAACACAGAAUCUCACAGCUUCAAAGAAGAUCUCCUGACUUUACUAACGAGAGCAAUAAAUACCAGGAGCGAAGCCUUAAAAUCAACACUCCACCUUUACCUCCUCGGACACAGUUUCUCACAGCAGAGUCAAAAAGCUAUGAGAACCUGGCUGAGGUACCUGAGUGCCAGAACAUGCCUGACUACGAAGAAGACAAUCAUGACUACGAGGAGGCCGUGCCCGAUUACGAGCAGGACAAGCACGAUUACGAGCAGGCCAUGCCCGACUACGAGCAGGACAAGCACGAUUACGAGCAGGCCAUGCCCGACUACGAGCAGGACAAGCACGAUUACGAGCAGGCCAUGCCCGACUACGAGCAGGCCAUGCCUGACUACGAGCAGGCCAUGGCUGAGCAGUCUAACUUUGUAAAGGUGGAGGAUGAGGAGGUGAUUCUUCCUCCUCCGUACAAGGACCCAGAUCCAGCAGAAGACAACACCUCCACGGAGGACUACGAUGAUAUUGCAGAUGCAAACCACAGCGAAGAGGAUUAUGACGAUGUGGGUUAGGACGACAAGAGAACACAACAGAGAUUAUUUAAAAAAAGACAAUUUUUACUUUUCUCAUCUGGAUUUUGCUGAGCGGAGAGAUCCCAGCAAAGUUACUUUUGACCAGCUGUAUUUUUUCACAUAUUUUUAACAACAAAAAAACGUAUUUUAUAUGUAUUUGAAAGCACAAAGAACAACACUGAAGUGGUAUACAGACCACAGGAACAGAAAAGAUUUGAUUAAUGUAACCUUUAGAUAAUUAUUUCUUUAACUAGCAUUGUUUACAGACUACAAACAGUCCAUUUAAAGGUAUUUGAGUGUUUGUACCAACUGAAGCGCAGUUAUUUGACAUUUCUCGCAUAGUUUCAAUACUUGUUAAUUAUUGACAACAUGCAUUGUGUAUGUUUCUGGUUUAAAAACUAAUAUAUUUUAAUCUGAGUUUAAAAAGAAAAUUGCAUUUUUUUGUGAAAUGCCAUUAUAGAUUGAUAUUAUGAAAAAUAUUCUUAUUUGCUUUUGUGCUGCGAGUUACUUCAGAAGUUUGAUGCCGCUCUCUGUGUGUACUAAAUGUGAAGCUAUUGAAAUAGGAGGCAGAUAACUUAGCUUUGUUUAGCAUUACGAUUCAAAGAGGGAAAACAGCUCGACUGGCUUUGUCAUAGAUAUUACAUCUAAAUUUGUUAAAGUUUAGUUUAGUUUAUUAAUUGAAUGAAUUUACACAUAAUCAACAAAAGACGUGAUGAGAGAUGCAAAACACCCUCAGAGGGGAUUAAUCUGGGCACUCUCCAAUGCAUAAAAAAAAAAAACUAAAAUGAAAAAGAGAAAAAAAUCCAAACUAAAGUUACACACAAUAUCAAAUCAACAAAAUAAAUGACGGUAAAAUAAUAUUAGGCAUUACAUGGGUUGUGUAUAAAGACAUUCCAUAGGGAUAACAUUGCACUGACAAAACGAAUAGCUAUCUGAAAUUGGACGAGUGUUGGCUUUGAAAAAUGUAAUGGCAACGCAUUCCAUAUCACUGAAGUUCUGUAAUUUAAACCAAACUGAAGAGUAGAUGUUUGACAGAUAGGAGGCCUGACUUUGUAGUUAUUUUGAGUGUCAUAAUCAUGAAGUUGGUAACAGUAAAAAGAAAAAAAAGAGUUCAUCAUAAAAUAGAGGAAGUAUCUUGUUAAGAGAUCUGUAUACAAAUAAAGCAAUCUGUAGUUGAUUGACUUGAUAAACAUUGAGGAUGCCGGAUCUUAAAAACAGGAGUUGAGAUAAUGAUUUUUGUGCACACAUUAGAUGAUUUGUAAUGCACUUUUCUGAAGACAAAAAACAGGAAGUUUAGUGCUGAGUACUUCCCCAUACAGAGUUGCACUAUAGUAACUAUGUCAGACCCGACUGGCAGAAUAACCCAAACGCAGACAAGGAGAAGUUCAAUGAAAGUUUAUUGAAACUAAUCCGUGAACCAGAUGACCAACCCAGGUGAAGCAGAGGAAAAAGCUGUGACGGCAGGGGAGUGAAGACAAUCCGGAGGUGUAGAGUGUUGAUGGUCCGUAGCAGGAUUACUGGAUGUGCAGACAGAGAGAGACAGACGUUACCAAAUACGAACACAGACGUGACGCAAACAAACAACCAGCAAAAGUCAGAUGAGGCGCCAAACACAUACUAGGUAGACUAACGAUCCGACAGGGACUGGAUGUCAGGUCACGGUAUAAGAGCUGGUGGUGAUGAUGAUGAGACACAAGUGGGUGCUGGUGAUUAGGCUGAGCAGGAACAGGUGAUGGUGAUUAGGCUGAGCAGGAACAGGUGAUGAGUGAAGGAGGCCACACCUCCCCAGGUUGCAUGGCAACAGGAACCAUGAUGCACAGACCGAGACAACAAACAUACAGACAGACAACAGGAUCAGAGCGGGGGAUGCCUGACAAACUAAAUGUAAACCAGUAUUUUUCCAAUAAUUGAAAAGCAUGGCAACCUGUCUGUACUAAAAAGCUUUUUCCAAGAAAGAGACUCAUCAAGUUGUACACCAAGAAAUCUUGUAAACUGAACUCUAUCUAUAAUAGUAUUAUUCAUUUGUAAGAUUGAUCAGCAUCUCCUGGUCAGACACCAAAGUAAACAAAAUAACAUGAUUUCUUAAUAUUAAGAUAUAAUUUGUUACAGUCAAACCAAUCAUUUAACUUAAUGAGUUCUUGAUCCUUUCACUAUUUCAUCAGCGUGUAAUCAGCAAAUAAUACCUUAUGCAGUUUGUCCGGUACAUAUAUCAUUAAUAUACUGUAGAUAAAAAAAAUAAUGGCCCAAGAACUGAUCCUUGAGGUACACCACAAGAUACGAAUUGAAAUCAUUGAUAGAGAUAAACUGUUUCCUGUCUUUCAGAAAUCUUGAAAACCAAAUUAAUGUGGAUUUUUUUUUUAUCCGUACAAAAAAUGUAAACGCAGAUUAUAAACCUUGAAAGAUUUUUACUAUUUCUAAUUUAUCUAUAUAAUAAUUUAUCUAUUUUUGUAAUAUCACAUUUUUUUCUUAUUAUAACCAAAUCACACGAAUUCCAGAACCAACAACGAUUGAUCCUACUAACAGGUAUUGCUUAUUCAUCUGUGCCUUAGAGCUCCACAAACAUUUUAAAAACCUAUUGAUGA